AACAUAAUAAUUUGAAGAUUGUGAUUUGUGACGAUGGAAUUAUAAUGGAAAUAUCAUUAAAAUAAAAAAUAAAUUAUAAUGGGAGAGACGGAUAUUAUAUAAUGGAAAAAUCGGAACAGAAGAGACGGAUCAAUGUACAUCAAAGUGUCAACAAAACUUAAAAUAUUCUACCAAAAAAAAAAAAGGACACUACCAAUAUAUUUGCCUGGUUCAUAAUUUACCUAAUGAAGAUGAAGAUGUUGGGGCCGAAGGCUUUUGUAGCCAUCGUCGUGGCUCUGAGCUUUCUUCUGUGGAGCCAUGGAGGAAUUACUAGUAGUUUUGUCAGAAAGGAGGGGGCUCCUCUUCCCAUGCCCUUCGAUAGUGAUGCUUUCAGAACGCCUUCUGGUUACAAUGCUCCUCAACAAGUUCAUAUAACGCAAGGUGACCAGGUAGGGAAGGCCAUAAUAGUGUCGUGGGUAACGGUGGACGAGCCAGGAUCAAGCCACGUGCGUUACUGGAUUGAUGGCUCUUCCCAUAAGAAAUUGGCGAAGGGAAGACUCAACACCUACCGAUAUUACAAUUACACUUCCGGUUUUAUUCAUCACUGCACCCUCCGAGGUUUGGAGUUUGAUACUAAAUAUCACUAUGAGAUUGGAAUAGACCACACUAUUCGCCAAUUCUGGUUUAUCACUCCUCCUGCUCCAAGCCCCGAUGUGCCUUACACAUUCGGUCUCAUGGGUGAUCUGGGUCAGACAUAUGAUUCAAACAAGACUCUUGACCACUAUGAGAGGAACCCCGCCAAAGGACAGGCUGUGCUGUUCAUGGGAGACCUGUCUUACGCAGAUGACUACCCAAAUCAUGAUAACAAUAGGUGGGAUUCAUGGGGAAGGUUCGUGGAAAGGAGUGUUGCUUAUCAGCCUUGGAUUUGGACUGCAGGCAAUCAUGAACUUGACUUUGCCCCAGAAUUGGGUGAAACCAAACUUUUCAAACCUUUUCACCACCGGUAUCAUACCCCUUAUAGAGCAGCACAAAGUACUUCACCCUACUGGUAUUCCGUCAAGAGAGCUUCAGCACACAUCAUAGUCUUGUCCUCAUACUCAGCAUAUGGGAAGUAUACCCCUCAAUACGAAUGGCUCAAGAACGAACUGCCAAAGGUGAACAGGACCGUGACACCUUGGUUGAUCGUUCUCAUGCAUUCUCCUUGGUAUAACAGCUACAACUAUCAUUACAUGGAAGGAGAAUCCAUGAGAGUCAUGUUUGAACCCUGGUUUGUUCAGCACAAAGUAGACGUUGUCUUUGCUGGUCACGUCCACGCCUAUGAACGAUCCGAACGAGUGUCCAACAUUGCAUACGAUACAGUGAACGGACGGUGUGAGCCAGUGAAGGAUCUGUCAGCUCCUGUGUACAUAACAAUUGGAGAUGGAGGGAACGUUGAAGGGAUAGCCAACAACAUGACAGAGCCACAACCAAAGUACUCAGCAUUCAGGGAAUCUAGUUUUGGGCACGCCAUUUUUGAGAUACAGAACAGGACACAUGCUUACUAUAGCUGGUACAGAAAUCAAGAUCGAAGCUCUGUAAAGGCUGAUUCCAUGUGGUUUUUCAACAGAUACUGGCACUCCGUUGACGAUUCUACUGCAGCUGCUCCCCAUUAGUUGUUGUUGUUGUUGUUUUUUUUUUUUUUUUUAUCCCUCGUUUUAAUUUGGAACAGCUUAGGUAGUUUUAUAUUUCAGAUUACAUUAGUAGUUUCUUGUUAGUUUUGAAUGUCAUCGUGCUUAGAGAUGAAAUAAAUAACGUGAAUGGACGCCUAUGCAUCUAUCUAAAUAAUCUUUAACAACAACGUCAUUUGGAUAUUCAAAAUUUUAACUGAUAUGAAUAUAUAUCGCAUUAUUUGUGGCAACAGAAAGAAACGCUUGAAUUCACCGAAACCAACAAAGUACAAAGUAAUCAAAACAACAGACUAGGGAGGUGAAUUCAAAUACCGAGCAAUGAAGAUUUAAAUAAGUUCCCAUUUGGUUAUAGG